UCCUAUUAGUAUAAUUUGGAUAUACAUAUAUACGUAUGUAUAUAGCCAUGUAUUUCAUUGACCUUAAUAUGUUUUGAAAAUCCUUCUCAGACGACUAAAGCACAUACGUCGCCUUAUCCUACAUGACAACAGUUUUAUGAGUGGGUCUUACUAAGAAAUUGUUUCAAUGAUAUCAAGCAAUAAUGGAUUCGAUUAUAAAGUUGUACUUCCGUCAACGGAUUGACCAAAUAUGCAAAUCUUCUCAAUCUGUGUCUAUUGGAGAAACGACGUCAACAGAAAACGUUGAAAGUGUGAACGUUAGUAAGGAAUUUCUCGAAGUUCUAAAUAUAUCAUUUCAAUUAAAAAUUCAACGUGCAACUGCGCUUUUAGAAACAAAAGACCUGAUUGAUGCUACAGAAAGUAAAAUAAAAAUGUUGUUUGAAAAUAUAAUUACUUUAGAGGCAGAAGAGAAAGAUAGAAAGUUUGAUGACAUUGUAGCCCUUGCGAUAACUUAUUUUAAUAUGGGUCUGGUAUACUCUGAUACAGAAUUGCAAGACAUAGUUAUUAGUGAAACUCAUUUUACAACGUGUGUGACAUUGUUAAAGGAGAAAGAACUGGAACGCAAAGCUAUAGUUACAAUUAUCAGAGUGCUUAUUGAAUUGCAUACCAUUUCGCAUAAACUCAAACAACCAGAGAAGAGUUAUUCAUUUUUAAAUACAGCAAUGGAACUAUAUUCGAAAUAUACAAAGGAAGAAAUUGAAUAUCCUGAUCCUAUUAAUUUCAAUGCUAUUCUUGGCAUGGAUGAUGAAAAAUAUCAAAAUUCUAAGAUUAUCCUAGAAAAUCUUCAGUUAACAACUUUAUUAAGCAUGUCAACUUUGUAUGAAAAAAAUUUCCAUGAUAAGCAUAAAUUUGUAAUAUAUGUUCAUAAUAUAUUGGAUCAGUUAACAGAAACAAUUUCAUGUACGCUCAAAACAUACUCUUUUUAUUGGGCUAUGACAUCAAUUAAUUUAUUCCAAUACUUUGUACACAGUUAUCGCUUUACUGAAGCCAGAAAUCAUAUGAUUGCCGCGGAGUACAUGAUGAAAAUAUUUCAUGAACAAGUAAUUGAACCAUUAAGUAAUGAAAAGAUUGAUGCAGAUAUAUAUUCAUUUUUACAAAAACUGGAUAAUAUUGUAUAUAACAAUGUUAAUAAAUUCUGGGGGAUAUAUGGAGCUGAACUUUUAACUGCAUCAACAAAUAAAUUAUUACAUAUAGAAGAGAAUAAUGAGUCAAGCGAGACAGAUAAUUCAAAAUCAGAAUCAGUUAUGAAAUCUAAGGACUUAACAAAAUUACUAAUAUUUAGUGAUGAAAGAAAGAACUUUGAAGGUUUUGCUGCUCAUUUUCCAGAUAAGUGUGUGUCAAAUUUAAAUGAUGCCAAAUCAAUUUUCGUGAAUGUUUUGAAAUGUUUUAAUACAGUAAAAAAAUAUUUUACCAUAGAAGAGUAUUUUUCAGACUUUGUAAAUAUAUCAUUUGCAAUUUCGGAAGUAUAUAAAUGUUUAGCCACUUUUGAACACGAUAAAAGCAGACAAAUGAAAGUACACAAAAGGCGAAUAGAAACUUUGAAAAUUAUUCUUGGGGAAUUCGAAAAUGUAGCCAGAAAUCGUAAUAAAAGAUUAAGGAGUUUCCCCCGAUCAGUUAUCUUAACAAUAUGCACAAAGCUUAUGAGUCAGAUGUUAGGAAGUCACAUCGCUAUCUUGGAUGAUAAAACUAAUCCUUUACAGUUAAAUGUAGAAAAGUUAGGUAAAAAAUUUACUUAUGAAAUGGGAACAAAUAUUGAUGAAUCAGUAGUGGAUAUAAUAAAACUGUUUGAACGUACUGUACAAAGUUCUAAUACUUAAUUUAAGAAGUGUAAUUAAUCUACGAUUUUAAUUAAUUAUCUAGGGUUUAUAUAUAUAUUUUUUUGCUUGUGAUAUUGAUAUGAAAAAUACU